CCUCACCAAAUCCAGUAUUUCCGCUGUAAAUUGGAUAUCUUAAGCUAUUUUGGUGUUGAUUUCAGCUGAGAUUUGCAUACAGUACAACCAGGAGUUUUCUAACACCAGCUGUUUUAUAACAUGCGAUGCUGAGAAAGGGUGCUGUGGUCUCAUUGUCUUUGCUCCUGUAUCAUUGACACUACAAGCUUAGAUCUAUUGGGCACAUAGGUUCACAGAGCCCUUUCAACCAUAUGUCACAUCACUUGCUCCUCACGAAAACACAUUUGACCAUCUUCAUUGCCCACAGGACAGCACUGGGAGCUCAGGGUACUCUCUGAAGUCAACCUUUCCAGCUAUCAGCCAAAACAGCCCCUAGAACAAGUCUUCCUUACCUCUGUCCUCACUCUGUCCCCUCUUGAACCCCCUGAAAACACAGGCACCAGUAAAUGCCCACUUUUGAUGGGUUUUCUUCACUGUUUGUUACAGAUGAAAAUUUCCACUGUGGCGGUUUGCUCACAAAUAAUUCAGGCUCCUUCUCCAGUCCUUGGUAUCCUAAAAAUUACCCCACAAAUGUGGUGUGCACUUGGGACAUAGAAGCAGAUGUUGGGGCUCAUGUGAGACUUACGUUCGAAGUGGUGAAAAUGGAAGAUUUCUAUGGUUGUCCAUACGACUUCGUUGAAAUCUUUGAUGGCCCACAAAGUGAACCUUUUUUGCUAGGGAGAUUCUGUUCCAGGAAGAUCCCAAUAUUUACCUCCUCCUACAACCACAUGUCAGUGGUAUUCCAUAGCGAUGCUAUCAUCACCAACAUCGGCUUCUAUGCAUCUUAUGAGUCUCUUGUGCAAGAUGAAAAUGAUAUCGGUUUAGGUGGACUGAAGGGAGAUGAGCUCCCCAUGCUGUCUAUGCCUUCCACUGCCUCUCUGCCUUACCUAGCAGCAUCUGCUGCUGUGAGUUACCCAACCUCAGCAUCUUUUUCAAAGCCAACAGAGGUGUCCACAUUGACAGGUCUGGAACUGCGGCUGGUGAACGGGUCCAGCAGAUGUGAGGGCCGAGUUGAACUCUACCACGCCAAUGUCUGGGGCACUGUGUGUGAUGACAACUGGUCCAUAGAGGAUGCCCACGUGGUCUGCAGGCAGCUGGGCUGUGGCCUGGCUGUUUCUGCCCUCCCAGGAGCCAGCUUCAGCCCUGGGUCAGGCAGCAUCCUCCUUGAUGAUGUCAACUGCACGGGAACAGAGUCAUCCCUGGGGCAGUGCCCUCACAGCGGUUGGUUCACCCACAACUGUGGACAUCAUGAAGAUGCUGGUGUCAUCUGCUCAGAUUCUGCAGCUGCUCGACAUCCAGUUUCUUCAACUUCUGGGGAGCAUUCACGCAUUUUUCAUUUAACAGAUACUUUCCCCAUUCUUAUGUUUUGCAACUGUUUUUCUGAGGCUGAGAUCUGACCAUUUGUGACUAUUGGAAAUGCAGCAAAUGUGAUUUCCCUGGCCCUUGUGCUGUGUGCAAUCAGAGCUGUGCUCAUGAGAGGCAAGCUGGUGACAUGGAAGAUUCUCGUGGAGUAGAAACCUUUCCAAGGAGAGAGCCCGCUCAG